CUCGCUCACAUGGCCUUUUAAAGAGUGAAUAACGUGCAAUUCAAGCAAAAACCCAGUCAACUAUUCAAAAGCAUACGUAAAUGGUGGCCUAAUAGCAUUUGCUGCUCGUUUAGAGUUUUCUUCAAUUUCCUUGGGCCAUGUUUGGAAACAGUUUGGCGUCUCGGGCCUUUUUCAAAAUCCAGCAGGAAAAUGCAUUUAAUAUCAAAGCAAAGUAAAGUUAACCAAAUGAAACGCAACGCUCGAGUCGAUAGGCGGAGAGCGGCACGCGUUUGAAAUAAAACCGUAUUAAGUAUACGACACGUGGUGUUCAGGCACGCACACGCGCUGCCCACAAAGCCCUCAGCAGCAACAGCAACAGCAGCAACAACAUUGCAAUGUUGCUCUGCCUCUUUCGCUGUCUGCUUCAUUUAUGUCUUCUUCCGCCAUGUUUCUUUUGCUUUGCGUACGACCAGCCAGCCGAACGGGGGCCCGACCGAGUCUCACACAGAAACAUUGGGCAAGUAUAAAAAUCGUGAACAAUAGAAAAACGAUUAUUAAACUCAAUUGUGCCAGCAUUGAGGCGAGUUGUCUGUUGUGUGGUGCCCAGCGUCAACUACAAAUACGAAAAAAAAGCAACAAAAUUAAAAUAAAAAACACACAAACCAAAUAAAAUGGCCAAAUUCCUUGUUCUGGUUGUGGGCAUUGCAGCCCUGGCAGCAGCAGCUCAGGGCGCCACCGCGCCGCAAUUGCAGCGCCUGAUAGCCGAGGAGCAGAGCAAAUGCGCCAGCGGCCAAGACUCGAUGGCGUGCAUCAAAGAGCGCGCCAUGCGCUUCGUGGACAACGUGCUGAGUCAAGACAGCUUCAAGCUGUCCAACUUGGAGGUGCACACGAAUGGCCAGAAGGUGGCCCCGGUCAGCGAGGCACGCGCCAGCACCAGCGACGGCUUCCUGGAUGCCAUUGAGAACUACAUGAGCGGCCACGAUGUCAGCCUCAAUCUGCCCUUGGCCGAUGCCAAGAUCACCGUCUCGGCUCGCAAUCUGGCCAACGACGAGCUGAGCUUGAAUCUGCGGCUGAACAAUGACGAUGCUAGCGAUAUCGAAGCCAGGGGUAAGAAGGGCAACAUCUUCAAGAAGGGCAAGAAGCACCGUCUACGCAAGCUGGCCAUGCCCAUUCUGGUGCUCAUUCUGCUGAAGGCCAUCACCGUGAUACCCAUGGCAAUUGGCAUACUGAAGAUCAAGGCGUUCAAUGCGCUCGCCCUCGGCUUCUUCUCCUUCAUAGUCUCGGUUGGUUUGGCCAUUUUCCAAUUGUGCAAAAAGAUUGCGCAUGAUCAUCAUCACACCGCCCACAUCACCGCCCACGGACCGUGGGACGGCCGCAGCUUUGGCGCCGCCCUGCCCGCCGCCGUCGUGGAGCAGCCCCAGCAACAGGCCCAGGAGCUGGCCUAUCAGGCCUAUGCCUAAUUCCUGAAGCCGCAAAAGCAGGCCACAAAAAUGUUGUUGAUUGUUAGAAAAUGAAAAUUGUUUUUGUUUUUUUGUGACUUGAU